AUGGGCGCCAAAAAGGGUAAAAAGACUCCCCAAAAGCAACAAGAAACAAAUAAGAAAGCUUCGCAGGUGGAUUCGGCAGAGACUGGAGAACACUCUUUGGCCACAGAGAGUUUCAUUGAAGGACUCAAUCAAAACACUGGUGCCCCUCUUCACAGCACAGCUUUGGAGGAAGACUUGGCUGCAGCGGAAGAACCAGAACAGAGCCAGAAAAAUCUGAAAAAACAAGCGGCGACCAGGGAGAAGACGGACAAGGACAAGAUCGAUGGCCCUAAAUCCUCUCCACAAAAACGCAAAAAACCUGCUGACCCGCCCAGACCGGACACCAAAAGGAAGAAGAAGAAGAGUUCAGGAGACGCAGAUUCAGACAGGGCAGUCAAAAAGCAGAAGGUACAGAGCGAGAAGAAAAGCCCUGCCCCAGAGACUGAGCAAACCAGUGACGCCCAACCUCAGCCGUCAGAAGGAGCCGCCUCCCCUCGCAGACGCAGAGACUUCUUACUCACCUCGGAGGAAGAGCUGGAGGACAGCUGGAAACCAAGUCCAAAGAAACAGAAGCGUCUUGGUGUAAAAACACGCAGACCUGUUUCUGACAAAUCCAGAGAGUCCUCCUCAGAAAGCAGCGAAGUCCAACCUGAAAACGUCAAGAAGAAGAAGAAGAAGUCGAAGCGAUCGGUCGUCACGGAGACGGAGGUGGUGCUGGAUGAGUUUCUAGACUUCUGCAAACAAUACAAGGAGACGGUGGAGUCCAAAGUUGUGAAGAAGGCGCUGGAUUGUUUUGUGUCAAACGUGGAGGAGCAGCUCACAGAGAAGAUUUCCUCCUGUCUCCUGCUGAAGACGGCGAUGGCGGAGAAUUCAAAGUUGGCCUCUGCGAUCCGGACCAAACGCCAACGACUUUUAGACGCCAGGAACGAACUCGUAAAGUCCGAUCGUCGGGUGUCGCUGACGGAAAAGGACAAAGAGGAACUGGAGCAAAAACUAAAGGAUUUGAAUCAAAGCAAAACUUUCCUCGAAAACAUCCGUGAACUCAACCAGCGAUACCUGCAACACCGACGGAAGAACCCAGAGGAUAGAGAAACGUACGGCGCGUCCUGUCUCCCAGCGUUACUCAUCGAGGCCAAACACAUCCAGACGACAGAACUCCAGCUGAAGGGAAUCAACAACAGACUGGAGAAAACCGUAAAGGAAAAAUAG